AUGUCCCAGGCCUUCGAGAUGCAGCCGCAGGACGGCGGCCCCUGGGUGGCCCUGGUGCCGGGGGAGACGGUGAUCGGCCGCAGACCGCUGCUGGGAAUAACAGAUAAGAGAGUGUCCAGAAGACAUGCCAUUCUUGAAGUGGUGGGUGGUGAGCUUCGAAUCAAACCAAUACAUACAAAUCCAUGCUUUUAUCAGUCUUCUGAGAAAAGCCAGCUCUUACCAUUGAAGACAAAUCUAUGGCACUGGUUGAAGCCUGGAGAGUUUUCUUUAUUAGUUGACAAAUACGUUUUCUGUGUUUUGUCUACACAUUCUGAAACGGAAGUGGAAUGUACUUUAAGAAACAGUCAAAUACUUGAUGAAGAUGAUAUAUUGAAUGAAACACCAAAAUCUUCCUCGACUGAUUUGCCUGAUGAGACACCUGGUGCCCCACAGCUGGAAAGAAGCACAGAAAUAGGAAAGACCCAGACCGCUGCAAAUAGUGUGUCUUUCCUAGAUGAAAGUAGAGACUUGAGUAAGCAACAGCCAAACCCUUCCCAGAGGAAAAGAAUCCUUCCAGCGUGGAUGUUAACAGAAAAUCUAAGUGAUCAGAAUCUCUCAGUACCAGUCAUCAGUGGAGAUAAUAAUGUAAUCUGGGAAAGUGGAAAAGAAGGAAUCUGCAAAGACAAAACCCAAGUAAACAUCACACAGCAAGGAAGAAAGCGAUUAAUUUCAUCAGGAAGUACAGAAAGUAUAUCAGCAGAGCAAGACACAGGAAAAAGGUGCAAAAAUGCUGAUGAGGAAGAGUCUAUCAUUUCAUCCAAGGAAAUGUCACAGUCAUUUUCUGCAAUCACGUUAGAUAACACGGAGGUAAAUAACAUGAAGACUAAUGCACAGAGAAAUGAAAUCCCAGUAGAGGAACUUGGUAAGGUUCCUGAACAUAAAAUCACCACUAAGGGAAAACCAAAUAAAGACAGCAAGGCGAGGAGUUGUUCUGAGAGUUGUUUGAGUGCCCAAGGCAAGUCCUUUCAUGACGAGCCUGAAAGAUCUCAUCCUGAGUCUGGCUCUGAUCCCUCCAAUCCUGAAACUUUGCAUGCAAAGGCAGCUGAUUCAGUUCCACAGGGUUCUGAAGAAAAUAAGGUCAAGAGGACAUCCUGCAUGUAUGGGGCAAACUGCUACAGGAAGAAUCCUGUCCAUUUUCAACACGUCAGUCACCCUGGUGAUAGUGAUUAUGGAGGUGUACACAUCACGUGUCAACGUGAGGCUGAUGACCAGCCCGGAUGUCCCUAUGGAGCAUCUUGUUAUAGUUGAUCGGUGAAGAAUCCCCAGCACAGGAUAGAAUAUAGACAUAAGCAUUUUCCAAUGAGAAACAUUUCAGAUGAAGAUGACAAUGUUGGUCAACCCAGUGAGUACAACCUGAAUGACAGCGUUAUAGAUGAUGAGGAAGAAGAAUAUGAGCCAACAGAUGAAGAUUCCGACUGGGAACCAGGAAAGGAAGACCUAGAAAAGGAAGAUAUGGAAGGGCUUUUGAAAGAAGCGAAAAAGUUUAUGAAAAGAAAAAAGUAACU